AUGAAUGAGUUGGCGAGUGUUACAUUUCUGCCUUUGCACAUUUACUACACAGUGGAAGAUGCAGGGCCACUGGUCUGCCUGCAGGGAAAGACACAGACAGGAGAAGAGAUUGAAUGUACAGUAUCAGGGCACUACCACUACUUCUAUAUCAGUAGAGUGCCAGGGGAAUCCAUAGAUUCAGCCAGAAUCGAAGCAGUACACAAGGAGAUAGUGAAGGUCAAUGUGGUAACAAAGACAAAUAUAUACGGAUACGCAGAGGGAGAAGAAGAAUUCUACCAGAUCUGCAUAAGAGACCCAAAGAAGAUUGUCUCUGUUAGUACUGCUGUAGUAGAAUACUUCAGCAGAAUGGAUGAAAAUAAGAAUAGUAGAAUUACAUUUGAAGUGAAUAUAGGGUACAUCAUACGGUUUAUGGUGGACAAAGAGAUUGUCGGAAUGGGAUACGUAAAUGUAUUCCCAACAAAAAGGGAAGUGAAGAAUGGAAAGACAUUCCUGACAGUAGAGAGCACUAGAAUAUUUCCAAUUAAGACAAUCGACAAACUUCCUCCAAUUAAAAUACUCAGUCUAGACAUAGAGUGCAUAGGAGAGAAUAAUAAAUUCCCAAUUCCAACGAGAGAUCCUGUGGUGCAAAUAGGAAAUGCAGUUGCAGUGUACCCAAACCCAGAAAUAGUAGAGAAAGUGCUUUUCUGCACUAAGACAACAAAUCCAAUACCUGGUGCAUCCAUCUUCUCAUUUAAUGAUGAGAAAGAGAUGCUGACUGCCUGGUCACAAUGGGUUUCUGUAUUGAACCCAGAUGUUCUAACAGGAUAUAAUAUUACGCAGUUUGAUAUGCCGUAUUUGCUUGACAGAGCAAGCAUCCUAGGGCUGCCAGACUUCAAGUACUUCUCCAGAACAAAAGAACCAGUGCACAUGAAUAAACUACCGCAGACAAAUAAUAACGGAAAUAAUAACGGUGGAAAUAAUAACGGUAGCAAUAACGGUAAUAAUAAUGGAAAAGAGGGUGAUGAUAAGAAUGGUUCUAGUGGUGGAUUUACUGCACCUGCUACACUAGUGGUACCAGGACGGAUUGUCUUUGAUAUGCUGGAUAUUGUGAAGAAAGAGUUCAAUCUGCACAGCUAUUCUCUUAAUUCAGUUAGUUCUGUAUUUUUGGGUGAACAAAAAGAAGAUGUUCAUUACACCCAGAUACUGGCCCUUUACAAUGGAACAGAUGAAACAAGAAAGAGACUUGGUGUCUACUGCCUUAAAGACACUUAUCUUCCUAUUAGGAUAAUGUACACAAAAAAUCUGUUCAUUAAUUACUGCGAACUUGCAAGAGUGACGGGUGUGCCAUUUGAGUAUUUGGUGAACCGGGGGCAAGGUAUCCGAGUCCUCUCGCAGCUGCUUAGACAGGCAAAGGCGUACAACUAUAUUUUGCCCGUUGUAAUAGGACAAAGUGAAACAUAUGAAGGCGGUUAUGUAAUGGAGCCAAACAAAGGAUUCUACAGUAACCCAGUCGUAGUGCUGGAUUAUGCAUCUUUGUAUCCGUCAAUUAUCAUGGCAUAUAAUAUGUGUUAUACAACGCUUUUAAGCAAAGAGCAGGCCUCUAAAAUGGACAAGAGCGAGUACACUGAGUCUCCAACUGGUGACUGCUUCUUGCGGAAAGAGAAAAAACCAGGGAUCUUGCCGGUCAUUCUGACUGGACUACUGGAAGGAAGAAAGGCCGUCCGGGCAGAGCUUAAAAAUAUCAAAGACCCAGAGUUAAAGGCGUCUUUGAAUGCAAGGCAACUUGCCCUGAAAGUAUCCGCUAACUCAGUCUACGGAUUCACAGGCGCAGCAAGAACAGGUCUUCCAUGCAUACCAAUCUCAAGGAGUGUGACUGGCUUUGGAAGAGAAAUUCUUAAGAAAACAAAAGAGUUAGUUGAAAAUGAAUAUAACAAAGGAGAGAAGACAGAAGGAUCAGAUCAACAAGAAAAUAACAACAGUCAAAAAGAAGGUAACAGAAGAACCUGGAACUUAUUUGUUGCAUACGGAGACACAGACUCAGUCAUGGUGACACAGCCAGGUCUCACACUAGAACAAGCAUUCCAGGUAGGAGAUGAAAUAUCAAAGUUCGUCUCCACUAGGCUCCCAAACCCACUGACCCUGGAGUUUGAGAAGGUUUAUCACCCAUUUGUCCUGAUAAACAAGAAAAGAUACGCAGGAUGCACAAAGACAUCACCAUCAGAUAAAGGACGCAUUGAUACAAAGGGAAUUGAAACAGUCAGAAGAGAUAACUGUCUUCUUGUAAGAGAUUUAAUGAAGGAGUGCAUAAAUAAGGUAUUCCUGGAGGGAGACGUAGAAGGCACACGAGCACUCAUCAAGGACAGAGUGAAGGAACUACUGAGUAAUAGGAUAGGAAUUAGUCAGUUAAUUAUUACAAAGUCAAUCACAAAGCAAGGAGGUGACUAUGCAGUUUCACUUGCGCAUGUGGCACUCGCAGAGAGAAUGAAAAAGAGAGAAGGAACAGGACCAGGACUGGGUGACAGAGUGCCUUACGUUAUCAUCACAGGAAAGGGCCCAUUGCAUGAAAGAAGUGAAGACCCAGUCUACGCCCUGAAUAAUAAUCUCCCAAUUGACACUCUCUAUUACCUGAAGAAUCAAAUUACAAAGCCACUAGAGAGACUUCUCUCCUAUGUGAUAAAGGAUAUUCUGAGUAUCCUGGCACCACCUGACAACUACACAGUGGGGGCAGGCAUGGCAGUGAGGGAAAUGCCAAAGGGCAUAGGCGCAUUCUUUAAGAAAAAGAAGACGUGCGUCAUUUGCAAGGCAGGUGACUAUCCAGUCUGCAAAGUCUGUGAUAAAUCAUAUCCUGCAGUGAUACUGGAGACAUACCAGAAAUUAUGUGGACUACAAUGCGCAUAUCACCUGGUUAUGCGAGAGUGCCAGGAAAUGCAGAAUGCAAGGCACUCUCCAAUUGUCUGCAGCAACAGAGACUGUCCCGUGUACUACAUACGCAUAGAACUACAGAAAGAAAUUGAAGAAGUUCAAGGCAGAUAUACGCAACUCCUGGAGCACAAGCAAAAGAUACCUUAUACAAAGGAAUAA